AUGGUGGAGCAAGUUAUUAACAAAGUAAGGGAACCUCCCAAUCCUAAGAAGAUCUACAGAGCCGCGCUAGAACUGUCCCACCAAUGUGACAACGUUUUGAAAUCUACUCAGAUUCUUGAUGAAACAAAUAAGUUUUCCUUCCCAGAACUGUUCUCCCCUGAUAAUGCUGCAAUCAGAGACAAAUUGCGAACAUAUGCUGAGCGUCUCAUUAUUCCGUCCUCUCAAUUCUCCAGAAAAGGAGAAGAUUUGAUUUGGAAGAAAGUAUUCUACGAUGUUAUAACCAGUUGUAGGGCGACUAAAGCUCAUUUGUCAAGUCCGGCGAAGCUACCAUAUAGGGCACAUCUCAUGUCAGCUGUUGGUUACUAUCAACAUCUCCUCCUCAAACUUCAGCAACAAUACCAUCUAAACUUAUGUGGGGUUGUUGACUUUGCUCACGACUUUUCCUCUAGCGACACGCAGGUUCCAGAUGCCAUAUUAGAGGAAGGAAUAUCGGCAGUACACAGAUGUUUGUUAUACCUGGGUGACCUAGCUCGCUAUCAAGCUGAAACAGAAGGGAUUAAUUACAAGUCUAUAUCAGCUCGAUUUUAUCACCAGGCACUGUUAAUCUGUCCGAAGGAGGGGCGGCCACAUAACCAGUUAGGCACACUCGCUGGUAUUAAUUAUGAGGGAUUGGAAGCUGCAUACCAUUACAUGAAGUGUCUCUCCAGCAAGAUCCCGUUUCCCGGAGCUGGUGAUAAUCUGAAAGGAAUAUUCAACAAGACCGUCUCCGUAUCUAAGGAUGUCAUGUGCAGUCCUGAAUCUUACCCUCCCACACGACGAUUUCUAAUCUGUUUCCUUCUAUUGGCUGAUAAAUUGUCCGGACCUGUUUCCAUGUCAGAGGUUGAUCAACUUGUUCGUGGUUUGGGCGGAGAUUUUGCCGAUUGUUACACUGAUAACAGACAACCAUUUCCUCCGGCACUCGUUUUGAAGAUAGUGACAAUGGCAAUCAUGUUGGCGGAGAACGCACUGGCACCCGGCGUAGACACAGUGCAACCCAAACUUAUCCCAGCUCUGGUUAUAGAAUUGAUGACGACAAUACUAACGGUCACAAUACAGCAGCUAGGGGAGAAGUUAUCGUCCCCCGAUAACCAGUUCCAGAGUUUACAAAUCAGCGGGAAUGUCGAGGAGGAGAGGAGCGUUGUUAUGCUUCAUGUUAUUUCUACUCAGUCCCUUCUUCUCCCUCUUAAAAUUCUAGGUGAUUGGAUAAAAGCUCGUCACCAGUUGAUAGCACAAGAUCUGACGGGUACAUUCUGGGCCCAGUUCGGUGAUCUGCUCAACCUGUUCCCUCACACACGUGAUUUAGAGCGGAUUGUAAAGGAAGGAUUCAGUCAGUCACAACAGCAACAGAAGAUAGCCCUACCUGAAGACGUGGCUUUGCGGGGUCUUGCUCCGUUGUCAACUCUUCAUAGUCAGCUGGAGUUCCCUCCCAUGUCACCAGAUUUGAAUCUACUCGACGAGUUCGCCCUGAGAUUAUUGUGUUUAAAAUCUGUUGGUCAGUUUGCUGCUCAACUCAGACCUCGACCAGGACUUCAGUACGAUCUCAACAGUGAUCUCUACUCUUCUCUCCUCGCUAAACCUCAGGUGCGGUCUAUGAUAACAGACCGUGAACGAACAAUGAAAGCGAUGGCACACAGACGUUUACAAUCAGAAAUAAAGGGGCUAGAGUACUCAGUGUCCGCUAACCAGUACGAUUCCCUGUCUCCAUUCCUAGUACCAGUUACCAGUACCGUGUGUCUUCAUCUUAGAACUGUGAAACUACUGGUAGCUACUCAGCGCAGUGUUAUCAUAAUCCCCAAACAGGUGAUACAAGAUCUUGACAGUUUGAAAAAGAGCCGCGAGAACCAUUACGCCAGAGAUGCUAUAAAAUAUUUCGAGAGCAUGUUCAAGAAUGGGAACUGGUGGCUGCGAGGGCAGGGUGACCAAGAGUUUAUGUCGGUAAAAGAACCAGCUCCAAGCCCGGAAAUGGCGGGGUUCCUGUCCGUGUUGUCCUGUUGUCUGUACCUGGCUAACAAGAGUCAGGGUAUUGUUACGCUGCUGGUUCCUGAUGACGCUGUCUCCGCUGCUAAAAACCACAAAAACUGCAAUGCUCCUAACAAUUAUACUGGAAGUUUACCGGUGGGGAGGGAAACACUGAUGGAGCUAGCCAAAAGUUUACGGUAUCAGAGUCCGAGGGUAGCCCUGGAGUUCUACAGCAAAUGGCUAAUGAGCAACAGCAUGUGGAAAGAUCUGGUCGCGGGGCAAAAUGAUGGCACUGAUAGCUCUUUAGUAUUUAAAAUUAUUUGA